CGACUCUCCUUGAGCUUACACCCUCCACGCACAACAAGUCAUGUCUACAGCACACAGGCCUACAUGGGACCCUGCCCAGGCUCGCGAUGUCAAGGGUGGCUCCCGGCAGUUCUCUGUGCGGGACAUGGCUGCCCACACGAAGCUCAAGUUUCGACAGCCCGGACAGACAUCUCAAGUAGAGGUGGCGAAACGUGACCUGCGGAUGGAGCUGCUAGCAGCGGAGGCGGAGGCUAAGAACAAGAAGCGCAAGGCAGAGGGCAAGCCACCACUGGCGCUUGAGAACGGCUCGGAGGCCCCCAAGGCUAUCACGGAGGCGGGCGAAGAGGACGAGGCUAACAAGCGUCGGAAGAUCCUGCAGGAAGCGCUGGAGAUGGACAAAGACGACGACGAUGACGACGAGAGCGGCAGUGAGGGUGGCAAGAAGGAGAAGAAUGCGAACGGUGAGGGUGCGGGCGAGGGCAGCGACGAGGAGUCGGAUGAAGAAGAGGAAGAGGACGACACGGCGGAGCUGCUGCGAGAGCUGGAGAAGAUCAAGCGGGAGCGCGCGGAGGAGAAGGCGCGUCAGGAGCGUGAACAGAACGCGAGCAAAGAGGCAGAGCGCGAGGCGCAGAUUGCCUCGGGGAACCCGUUGCUCUCGCAUCUUGCAGCUGCGCUGGGGCAGUCGCCGAAUGGGCUCAAUACGACUGCGCCGGGUACGUUCGCUGUGAAGAGGCGGUGGGAUGACGACUUGAUCUUCAAGAACCAGGCAGUGAAUUCGAGGGACAAGGAUGGCAGACAGGGUCAGUUCGUCAAUGAUCUCUUACGGACAGAAUUCCACAAAAAAUUCAUGGCAAAGUUCAUUAAGUAACAUUCUCCGUCAUACCUGUAUUUUAUGCAUCACAUCCCGUCCUAUAUCAUAAUAAUUUCAUAUGCAUUCUAGUCGUGUCUUUUGGUAGACGAUGCAUGCCUCACCGGGGACGAGGUAGGGGAAAUCAUCGC